UCAGCGCGAUCGGUUAAGCAGAACGGUGUCAUGGCGCGGCAACAAUGACCGAGAGUUUGUUUCUCAUCGACGAAUCUAGCACGAAGGCCAAUAUGUGGAGCGGAUUUCGCUGCAAUAGGGCUUUCGUGAUACUCAUCCUGUUAAAUGUGAUUAUUUUCCAAAGCAUCGUAUAUUAUCAGGAGCACAAGAAGUGGCAGGAGAUAAGGUCCAAGCUGGAGCCGAUGAUAACAGAUCUGCGAGACGUGCAGGGAUUGACGUAUAGCUUGCUGAAGAGGCUGGAGGCGCACGGCCUCUUCGUCGAGAACGUCCUUGGGCGAAACGAGGGUAGUCGGCCUGUGAUUUAUGCAAUCACGCCUACGUUCGCCAGGCCUGUGCAAAAGGCCGAACUCACCCGGUUGGCACAGACAUUCCUCCACGUGUCCAACUUUCACUGGAUCGUCGUGGAAGAUGCCCCGCAGAAGACCGCCCUGGUCUCCCAGUUUCUGGAGACAAGUGGUCUUAUCUACACCCAUCUAGCCGUAGCAACACCACCGAAUUACAAACUCGGCAGGAACGAUCCAAAUUGGAAGAAGCCACGCGGGGUUGAGCAACGAAACGCGGCGCUAAGAUGGCUUAGGGAGAAUCUCAAACUGUUUAACAAAGGCGUUGUUUACUUUGCCGACGAUGAUAAUACUUACUCUGUCAAACUUUUCCACGAGAUGGAGAAAAUACAAAGAGUCGGCGUUUGGCCGGUUGGUCUAGUCGGUGGUCUAAUGGUAGAGAAGCCUAUUUGUGACAACGUCACUAACAAAGUAAUAGGUUUUAACGCGGCGUGGAAACCAGACCGACCGUUUCCACUCGACAUGGCAGGCUUCGCAAUUAAUCUUGAACUCUUACUCAAACACACCGAUGCGUGGUUCUCGUAUGAUGUGCAAGGUGGUUACCAGGAGAGCGAGAUACUUAGGCAAAUAGUCACGAAGGAUCAAUUAGAACCACUGGCGGACUGCUGCACGAAGGUGUAUGUGUGGCAUACGCGAACAGAACCGCCGCAAUUGAAUGUCGAGCAGAUGUUGAUCAAAAAAGGUAAGCGUUCCAAUGCUGGCAUUGAAGUAUAAAGAAAGACAAUAUUCUCAUCAUUAUUCCAUUGUGCUUUCCAUGAGAAUUCAAUAAUUUAAUUUGAUAUUAUUAUUAAUAAAAUAAGUUGAUAUAUAUAUUUGUACAUACGUUGAUAUUUUUUAAAAAGAUAGGAUAAAACGAAAGGUAUAAAUGCUGAUUUUACUGAAUUUUGCAUGUGUAUAUACACGUAGAAUAAUGCAGUGCCAUUCUGUACAACUCAUAACUGCAGACGUAGUAGCGAUGAUGAAAAACAAUCAUUAAAAACGAAUAAUUCUAGUGAAUAAUUAUUUGAAUCUCCAAGAAUCAUGUGAUAUCGCAAUGUGCUUUAGAUAGAUUUAGAUUAUUAGUUUAGAUUAUUAAUCCGCAUGUCGCUGCCACGUUUGUUGUAAAAAAUUAAUCUUUUGUUAUUCUUAUGAUAACCAAUACAAACGAUCUUAUUAUAUUGCGUCUACGUCGUUUUAUAAAAAAAUUUACCUAUGAUUAUUGUAAUAAAAUUUUUGAGGAAAACCAAAGAGGCGUAGGUUUCCAAUCCUGCCGAUCCAUCCAAUCUUCUCAUCUUGAAAACGUUUUUUCAUUUUAUUCAAGAGCACGAUUUCUUGUCGCGUACAGAAAAAGCAUUACAUAAAAAAUACGCCUUACAUCUACGGAACUUUAAUACUUGUAAUGAUCUCUAGAUGAAGAAGAUGCGUCGUAAUACUUUCUUGUGGGAAGCUACUUGUUAAGGAUGUGUGGCUCUUGGCAACGGAUACAAAAUAGCUAGAGGUGUUAGAAACGAUGACACGUAUCGCUCGCCGAUGCGAAGUCGCCGCGCGACAUCCGUCACGCGAAUGUCUCGCGAUUUAUUUAUUUUUCAUGUACAUAUAUAUCAUUUUUUUUUGUAUAAUAUAUAUUUAUAUUUAUAUGUAUUCAUUGACUUACGUACUAAUAAGUACUAUAGUAUUUGGCAAAUUCUCUGUCUUACGUAAAAAAGCUAUCUGCACGGAAAGCGUGUUCGCGAAUGCGAGGAAACGUGCCAAUAGUCUUGAUGUAUCAACAGGUGCAACGAUAUAGUUCCCGGUGGAGAAGUUUCGCUGCUAGUUCUAGAUUUCCUCCUAUAUACUCUGAUCCUUUUCCGUCUCUCUUAUGGUUCUGUACAGAAAUACAGUAAUUUCUGUUUUACAAAAUUAACGAUUGCAUGCAAUUAACUUUAAAUUUAAUAUAUAUUUUAAUGAUAAUUUAAUUCCUUUCCAGAAAGAGAGACGAAAAGUCAUCAUUCGAAUUGCAUUCGAAGCUAAUCGAAGUUCGUAAAAUCUUUCAUUAGAAUCCGCACAUUAGAGCGAAUUAAUCUGGAUUUAUCAUUGCGUCUGUUUGUACAACAAUCUUACAAUGUUUUUCCCCUUCUGUUGUGAGUCUCCCACCUUCGAUUUUUCGCGAAGACACGCAUUCCGCAUCGUGCAUGUUCUAAACCUACCAAAACUCUUAAUAUCUAUUUUCGAUACGUCUUACAAUUAAGGGAAAACGUUU